CUUCUCCCAUCUUUCCCCACCUCUUCCCUCAAGUAUUUCCAUCUGCUCCACCAUCUGGUUUUCAUGCAGUCUUAUGUUUGCCUUUCUGCCUCUGUCUUGCUUCCCCAUGCCCCCUCUGAACAGGCUGUGGUGGGAGUGAUGGGCUCCUCUUGUGGGGGAGCAAAGAGCGUGCUCUGUGGUUAGCUCUCGAGUGCUGCUAUGACUUGAACAGGAAAUCACCUCUGUGCUCCUCCCCACAUUCCCACCAGUGCCACUCGGGUCAGAGGGUUUCACUAACCUGACUUCACACCCUGCAGCACGAGAGUUCCAGCAACCCACCAGGAGAAAGGCAGCUGAGCUGUAAUAGCUCCUACCUACCUCUCCUCCUCCUCUUCCUCUUGCUCUUUCUUCUCUUCCUCGUUAUUCGGUCUGCUGAGUUUGAGUCAAAAAGAAUCUGCACAGAGAAGAGCUUUCAGGAUCACUUAAUUUUCAAUAAUUUUACUCAUUUGUUUAAAUUGCUGCUAAGAUGAUGACUAAGUAAUAAGUUUGCUAAAGUGUAUUCCUGGCUCUGCUGGGUUUCCCUUUCUCUGUGUAACUUAUGAUCUCCAAUUUUGGCUCAGUCCCCCUGUUUACCAGUUGGUGCACUCCCUUGCAUUUCUGCAUGGCCAGUGCCGACUUGCCUGGAGCUGGAGAUGUGCCAGAAAGACAGCCCCAAUGCUCUGCUUGUGAGGGACACUGAACAUGAUGCUAAAUGGACAUUUGCUCUGAGUAUGACCAUUUUUAUUUUUAUGUUACACUUAGCCAUGUGUUUGAGGGACUGCUUUUCACUGAGAACAACAUAACAAUCAAAACAUGAGCUGGAGGAAGAAAAGACAGAAAAAAUGCCUCAAAAAAUGAAGAGCAACAGCACAGAAGGAGCAAACAAGAUGUCACAGAAAUAUGGUGAAAGUCACCCAAAGUUGAAGUGAAAGACUAAAGAAAGAGCAGUGGCUUAGAACAUUCAUUGCCAAAGCAGUGUAUCCUAGAUUAAUCCUUAAUUGCUUAAUGCUUCACUGGUGGGUCUAAGCUAUCAGUGGGGAAAGGUAAAUCAGGAACUCAGCCUGUUUGAAAGGCUGUCCCCUCUAAGAAGUGUGUGAGUGGGGGUUCAAUCCAUGGUCUUGAAGCAGCAGCUGCAAAUGUUGAGGCACAGCUGCAGUGAUGCCCACAAAUUUGGUACCCAGUACAAAGGUUUCCCUUCCAUUGGAGGUGCUCCCAAGGGCCACUUUUUUAUAAGAAAAUAUGACCACAGUUGAAGCCAAAGUCUCUGAAAAGCAGUUCCUCUUUUGAAUUCUGAGAUUACUGUAGGGAAGGAGUUAUUGGCUUUUACUGCUGUGGGUAGCAAAUACUGGUGCAGUCAGGCUUUUUAUCUUAAUGCUUUCCACAUCACUCACUGUCUUAAAUUGUAUCCUACAGUUGUCUAGAAGGUUCUGUGAUCUUCUUUAUUGCUGUGUUUGAUUGGAUAACUUGGUGUUUGCUCCACUGUGCCAUGCCACAGUAAAAUACAGUAGAUGAUCACUGCGCUUGAGAGGGCUACAGUAAACAACAGUGGUCACUCAGGAGGCACUUGGAUACCAAUAGGUCAGCUUUCAGUGGGUCCUCUGCUUUCACCCCACCCUAAAAUUUUUGCCACUGCACAGAAAAAAUAAUCUAAAAUUUUCUGUAUUUAUAUAUUUUUAUGCUUUGCAGCUGCUGGGUUACCCAACUGAAGUGCAAAGCUAAAAAAUCUGUUUAGUCAUGGGUAGUUGCAACUGUAUUUGUUCUGCAGCACUGCCAUUAAACACAGCUGUUUGUCACCAAGACAGGCAGGGGGACCUCCUAGCAGGUAAAAUACAUGCACUGAAUGGCUAAUGGUUGUAACAUGGAAUUUGUGUGUGUUUAUCCUUGUGUCUGUAUGUACGUGUCUGUGCAUGUGUGUAGAUUGAUAGAUGUGGCUAUAACCAGAACUGAGCUUUGAACUGUACUGACUUGAGCAAGGCAUGUACUAGGCAGGGAACUCUAUGUGAUUAAAACUGACCAGGUUUUUAAACCUAGCUGGUGAUUUCAUAAAGAGAAGAAGAAGGACCUGCCAUGCACACUUUUACUCAUGUGAAUAAUGUCACUGACGUCAAUGGGGUUUUUCACUCACAUGCAAAGCUGUUUUCAGGCUAAGUCACGUCUGUUUUGGAGAGUCUUACUAUAGCUUAUUCUAAGAACAGGACUUGACUGCUCCUUGUGGUGAAGUUUGCAACCUGUAUUGCUACUUAAUUUCCAGUCCAGGUGUCAGAAGAUGUGAAGAUGUAAACAAUGAUAUUACUCAAGGUUUGAUUUACUGCCUUUCCAAAGACAGUAAUAAGUGUUUCAUUUUUUUCCAUGCAAUGAAUUAAUGAAGUGACUUAGCUGUAAAAGAAAAAGUGAAAUGCAAAGUGAAUGACAGACAUUGCUAGCAAUCACUGUGGCAGACUAAACCUAGCCAAGCAACAUGGGUGACUGGUUUCUGCUCUCAGGCCAGUAGAAAAUGAAAAUUCUCUACAUGACACCCAUGGCAUGAAUCCCGAUAAAUGGAAAUAAAAUCAGAAUACAACUGGAUGUCAUGUGUUUAAAGAGUAGAAACUGAAAGAUUGAAGAUAAGUUAAAAGACUGAAACAUGCAGCUGUUGCAUAUGCUUGAAUUCUUUCCUGACUGAUAACCACGGAACAUUCAAGCUCUGUGUAUGAUCUGUUCUCUGCACGUGCCUCCUGCUACUGUCAGUCACCAAGUAGACAUGAAGGACUCUAUUCUUAACUCUUCCUGGAGACACAGGAGAGCAUGGUAGUUUUAUUAUUGUUUUACACAUGCAGAAUUGUUGUAUAACUCACUUGCACAAUUUAUUGUAAGGGCCUUUAGUAAAGGAGCAAAACCAGAAAUAGAAACCAAAUCUGUGUUUUUGCUUCUCAUGGAAAGUUAACGGUCUCAGUCUCUUUGCCUUCCAAAUCUCACUGAGCUGGGGUAGGUGGGAGCACACCAGCAGUGUUGUAAUGCUUUAGAUCUUGUAAAGAUAUAAUCUGUGGCUCCUGCAUGCUGAGAUUGGCUCCUCUGCUGCAGUCAGUGUUUGUGUUUUGAAAUUUCAUUUACCACAGCAGAAACCACAGUGGGAGGAGGGAAAUUAAAAUUUUAAAAAAUUAAAAAUGUUAAGAGCUAGUUUCACAUGUUAAUAGCAUAAAAAUAGUUAUGAGCCAAACUCAUGACUAUUACUACUUUAAAAUGUGCUUGAGGAAUACAAAUAUUUUAAAAUAAGGGUGGACAAAUGUGGAAAGGUACAGGCAAACAACUUUCUCAGCUCUCCUGGUCAGCUUCAUCUUUACGUUUGGAUUCACUUAAAGCAAUUGCAGAGGUGAAAUGAAAACCUCUGAUUUUCUAGAUUCUGUAUCUCCCACUUGGAACCAAGUGUUAGAAUAAGGCAAAUUCCUGGAGAAUCCCUUUUGCUGCUUUUAUAUCCCCUGGCAUCCUGGAACUUUUUCUAUAUUGCUACCAAGUUUGAGCUCUUACAGGCUGGCUGUCAUGGGACAUUUCUGCAUCCAAAUGUCACAGAAAUAGGACUUUCCACUUUUUGUAAAUAGAUAAGCUUGCCCUAAGGACUACACCUGACAAAACUUGUUCACUGACUAGAAAAUGGAAGCCACUGAACACUAAGUGCUAAAGAUAAAAGAGAGCAACAUACCUUUGAUGAACAGUGUUGUGAUCUGAAGAUGCAGAUGAAUGUAUAGACCUGUACAGCAUUAAUGAGAAUCUAGAGGCUUGGAAAACCAAGAUUUUGCACUGAGACAGAUUGAAGUAAUAGGUCUCUACAGAACUGCAAGGAGAUUGUUUUAACAAAUAUAUUGAAGAAAAAAAAUCUUGUACUGUUUGGCUCAAAGACAGAUAGAAGUCUGCACAUUAAUCAGGAAAAUGGUAGUGACUUCUGCUUAUAAAAGCAACUAUAGUUACAUAUACAGGAGGAUGAACACUAUUGCUCUAGUAAUAGCAAAAUAUACUACAAAAAUACCCUAAAAUCUGAUUACAGAAGUAACAGCUCAAGGACUAUUCAUUUGAACAGGUUUCUUUUAUUUCCCAUUUUCUUUGCCUCAUUUUGUUAUCUCAAGAAUUAGAAUUGCAUUCCUGGAGAAGGAGAUGAAACAGUUUUGAAAAGUCCUGAAAAACCACAGAGUCCCUUUUUCUCUUCCCUAUUAUGCUCUUGUGGCUACAUGCAAUGGGAAGCUCCUUCCCAGCAGUGGCAGCUUCAGGGCUGGUCUCAGGGUUUCUCCCCCAGAGCAUGGCAGCAGCUGAGGCUUGAGUCAUAACUUUGAACUUGGGACUCUUCCCCUGGGCCCACAGGCUUCGUUUUGCAAGCAAUUCAGCAAUGUGGGCACCUUCGUGAUAUUUAUUAGAUUAGAGGAGAGUUGUAUUGUUCUUUGCCCAACCCUAGGAAUGUCCAUUUUGAAUCUAUAAAUAUGAAGAAUGUCCUGCACUGGUCAGCACCAGAAGGCACAGGUGAUGGAGUACUCUACAAGGUGAAGUAUGCAGUGUAUGGUGUUGGCAAAUGGAUUAGAAAGCCAGAAUGCAGGAAUAUAAACAGAACAUGGUGUGACCUCUCCAGUGAGACCUCUGACUACGAAGAACAAUACUAUGCAAGUGUUAAAGCAUUCCUAAAUGGGGCGUGCUCUGACUGGAUGGAGACCACACGAUUCAACCCUCUAACAGACACUAAAAUAGAUCCACCCAUGGUAAGUGUAUCUUCUACUGACAGAUCUAUUUCAAUUGUUUUGACUGCUCCUGAGAAGUGGAAGAGAAGUCCUGAGGAAGAAUCCAUAUCUCUGCUUCAAGUGUAUCCUGGCCUACAGUACAAUGUGUCUGUCCUCAACAAAAAAACAAAGAAACGGUGGUUCUUCUCAAUCAGCAACAACACCUUGGUUGUGCCCUGGUUAGAACCUGGAACAGUUUAUUGUGUCAGUGCACAGAUACAUGUCACCACACCAGUUUUGGACAGUGGCUUUUCCAAAGAGCAUUGCAUUACUACACUGAAAGAUAAAACAGAAGAUGAGGCUAUAACAAUCACAUUUGGAUAUAUUAUGCCUACCAUGCUGGCUCUCCUUUUUAUUUCUGUGUCAUGCUAUUGGGUGCACAAGUAUAUCCACAUCCACAAGCAAAAACAUCCAACAAACCUGGUGUGGCAGUACACUGACAAAUGCAAGGAAUGGGUUUUCAUACCAAGUGACAAAAUAGUGCUCAACCUUGUCACUGUUAAUGAGGACGACUGCGAGGAAUCCGGACAUCUGUCAGAAAGGAAAAGUUCCCGUUAUAACACUGUUCACAGUGACACUGAAGGGAGGGGUUUGCCUUCUGAACAGGUGCUGAAAGCAAAAUAUUUGCUUGAUUUUUCAUGUGAAGAGAUUUCACUCAAAGAAGAUACUUCAGUGGAAGGGAAUCAAACUGGAAACUGGGCAUCUCAUGGCCGGUCUGGAACACAGACUACUUGGAGAGAUAAAAAUGCAGGGGUUGUAGAGUAUGAGCAUGAUGUAAGGACUGAAGACUUCAGUCCUGGUGAGAAACUAGAAGUGAAGUUUUCUGCCCUUGGGGAUCUACAGGGUGAGCCACAGGUUGCUUUGGGGGACUUGGUCGAUAUGGAAGCAGGACAGCCAUAUUCCCCCCAGCUAGAGCUACAGGCAGCACAGCUUUGUUUGGGACAGCAAACAGAGGAACUUGAUUUGAAAGUGAUUGAUGCAGCAGAUGAAUUGGCAAGUGAGAUCCAUAUUGACUUCACGGACCUGGAUGCUGAAAGGUCUGGGCAGACAUCCUGUCAUCAGCUGGAUAAAACCACACAGGGCCUCACAGAGAAAGAAGGUGUGCAGACCAUAUUAGUUAACUGGGAUCCUCACAGUGGAAGGCUGUAUAUUCCUACUUUGUCCAGUGUUGAAAAUCAGGUGUGUGAAGGAGUACUGAAGUAUGAUGAUCCCGACAAAGACGGAAUUUUGCUCAGACUCUAUGACAAAGGGGUAUCUGGUGAAUCACCUGAGGACCAAGAAAUGUAUCUCCUGCGGUUCAAGGAACAAUGGGGACUUCGUGUAGAAAUGGAAGACUGAAAGUCAUUUUCUCAAAUACUCAAAAAUGCAAAAUCUUGUUUAUUUUGCUAAAGAGAGUGAUAAACUCACGGGAACAGACAUGUCUUCAUGUUUUGAAGUUUUCGGAACCAUCACAGUUUAACAAUUUAUUCAUUAAGUGUUAUUUAUAACAGUUUCCGUGUUAUAUAAAUGAUUAUGACAUCAAUCAUAAACCUCUUGUGUAAAAUAUGAUUGUUGUGAGGUUAUACUCUUUUUUAAAAAAUAAAUAAAAAGAAAACAUA